AAAUGACACAAGUACUAUAGAUUUAUCAACAAAACAAGAACAUCAAAAUCAACUAUUCUCACGAAUAAGUGAAAAUUUAAUCUGAUGAGUUGUGAUUUUUUUAUAAGAGCAAAUUAAAUUUUUUUUUUAAUGAAUGACUCGAGUCAAACAGUCGAGUCAACGUCACCCAAUCUUCGAGUCCGAGUCAUUAAAAAAAGGUGACUCGAGUCCGAGUCAUGACUCGGACUCACCCAUCUCUGUAUCAUACCGCUAUAAUUUAAAGCCGCUCGCUCUCGAUUUAAUUUGUUAGACAAUUGUUUUAAACAUUAAAUGCUUCAUUUUGACUGAUAUAUCGGCGACAUCUUAAGAACACUGAUAGAUGAAGCGUAGAAAACUUUAUCAUCAGUGUAUUUUUAGUAUGACCAGUAUUUAUUCAAAAAUUUAUCUCAUAUCGGAUUGAGAGCCCAAAGAUUGGUUUCUUAUGUAGGGGCGUCGAAGCUGACCUUAAGCGAACAUAUCUCAAUUUUAUUUGCACAGAAUAUGCUUCGGUAUUUCGGCCAUCAAUCUUGAUUUUUGAAAUAUUAUUCUCAAUAAACGAAAAUUUUUUUUAAGAAGAACAUAAACACAUUUAAAAGAAUAAUAUAACAGUUUUUCUCCAGUCUCAUACUUUUCUUCUUUUCCAAUAGUGUACAUAAAAGUGCUUAUUGCUCUGUUUUUUUCAAAAGUCAACAUAUUUACACUUAACGUUUUUAAAUGAAUGUGAAGAAAGGGAAAUAUGUUCUGUAUUAAAAAAUUCGUUUUUUUUCUAUUGAAAGACACUUAUAAGGAAAAAAAUCCAAAAAUACAUUCUACAGAGGUAAAUCGUUACUAAAAUAUCAAGAAUUCCUUCUCGCUUUAGAGUUUUACGUCUUUAUAUUACAAAUUGCAGUCAUAAGUUUAGAACCAAGACCUUACAAGAUUUGUGUCUUAUAUCUUAUUAAUCUAGUCUAUUUUUCCAAUUAAAUACAAUAUGGAGCAACAAUUUCGAAUAAUUGCUGAAUGGGCUUUGGCUCAUGAUGCAAAAGUAAGAGGAAACGAGCUAAAAAGUCUUGAGAUACAAGUCAGUUCUGGUGUUAUUUUACUGUUUCCACAGGAAUCCUAUCGAGGAUCAUCAUCACCAUCUAGGGGAAGACAUUCGACCAAGUUGGAAGGUUCCAUGAAAACAGAAAAGCCACGACAAGCAAGAAGUUCAGAAGUAUCGUUAGCGUUUAGCCGUCAUUUUGAGAGACCACGUCCCUUUCCAUUAUCGUCGAAACCAAUAUCUGACCGACAAUGUACAAUAACAUUAAAAUAUUCGAAAUCCUCGUUGCAGCGACGCAGUUCAUCACUCGAACCUAUUCCAGAUGAAAUUGUAGUUCUGCAAGAACAAAAUCAUGGCCAAGAACAUGUAAUUGUCUAUAAAGGAUUUGUAAAACCUGGUGGUAAGCCGUAUUCUCCUAUUCCAAAUUAUAUAUAA